AUGGCUUCCAAAACACAGAUGUCUCUUUUCUCUCUCGUUUUCCUGCUUGCAAUAUCUGGGGAAGUACUCGCAGGGCGCCAAAUCCUGAAGGACUCCAAGAAUGUGGAUGUGAAGCAGCCCGAUUUCCUGAAUUCCGAUGGCAGUUUUCUCAUUCCAGGCAUCGGAAGGGUGUUGAUUCCACCAACUGCCAGCAUUCCUUAUAUUCCGCCAGCUACCAGCAUUCCUUCUUAUGACCCACAUACGGGCAUUGGGAGCUCCAUUCCCGGCGGAGACGAUACAUUCCUUCCAAUUCCUGAAGGUGGAGUUCCCACAGUAAACCACCCUUGA